AUGGCUGAGAGCUGCAAGGACAUGACUCUGGAGAAAGUAAAGGGGCUCUUCCCUGAGGUGGAGGUCGAUAGGCGCAUCGUCUUGGCUGUGCUUUGUGGGUCAGCCACUGCCAUCUUGGUGUCAAGAUGGGUGAGCCAGAGACGGGUCCAGAAGAAGCUCGAAGAGGCCAAGAGAAGACGAGAGCUUGGCUUCCAACGAACGGAGAAGGCAGCAAGACAGUUUAAACAGCAGAACCCAGGAGUAAAAGCCGCUCCAAUUUUAUCUCUUCCUCUUGUGGAACUGACUGCAAAGUUACGAGAUGGUACCUUGUCUCCAGAAAGUGUCCUAUAUGUCUACAUUGAAAAGGCAUUAGAGGUAACUCGGCAAAUCAACUGUGUGACAGAUUUCCUUCCAGAGUGCGAGGAACAGCUUCGGGAAGUGAAAAAGCAGGAGAAAGGAUUGCUUUAUGGAGUUCCUGUCAGUAUCAAGGAAAACAUUGCCUGCAAGGGCCACCCUAACACAAUGGGCUUUGUGAAAUAUCUGGACCGUCUUGAGCCUGAUGAUUCUGUGAUAGUCAAGGUUUUAAAGAAACAAGGGGCAAUUCCAUUUGUAAGGACCAACACUUCACAAGGCAUAUUGAACAUUGACUGCGGCAACACACUCUUUGGACAAACCUUGAAUCCUUUCAACCAUAAGAAAACCUCUGGAGGCUCCAGUGGCGGAGAAGCAGCUUUAGUUGGAGGAGGAGGGUCGGUUAUCGGGAUCGGGACUGAUGUGGCUGCAAGUAUUCGGGUGCCAUGUGGCUUUUGUGGGAUCUGCGGGUUCAAACCAACCGGCUAUAGGCUGAGCAUCAAAGGUACUACCAGUCCUGUAGAUGGAAUGAACUCAGCUACCAAUGUGACAGGUCCAAUGGCCAGAGACAUGGACAGCCUGGUUCUGUGCAUGAAGGCUCUCCUGUGUGAUGAAAUGUUUAGCCUGGAUCCAGCUGUGCCUCCACUUCCCUUUAAUGAUGAGAUUUACUCCAGUUCCAGGCCCCUUAGGAUUGGAUACUAUGAUGGAGAUGGUUAUUUCCAGCCAUCUCCCAGUAUGAGACGGGCUGUUCAGGAAACCAGAAAACUGCUGCAGGAAGCUGGACAUAUGCUGAUACCCUUCACUCCCCCACGGAUUAAUUUCCUGGUGGAUGAACUCUUCACCAAAGGCAUUUCUGCAGAUGGGUGUUCCACAUUGGUGGAAAAGUUUGAUGGAGAAUUUGUGGAUGCCACUUGGACAAACCAGCUGCGCUGCUGCAGAAUGCCAGAUCUGCUGAAGAGGCUCCUGGCUCUCAUUUUAAUGCCUGUGUUUCCACGAAUCUCUAGACAUCUGAAUGCCCUCAUUGGAGUAGGAUCAGUGAAGAAUCUCUGGAAGAACAAUGCUGACCGAAUGGCCUAUCGUGAUGAAUUCAUUGCAGAGUGGCGGAAGCUCAAGCUGGAUGUUGUGCUUUGCCCUGCUUUGGGCCCAGCCUUUAAUCUGGGAUAUGCUGGCAAACUAUUUGUUGCUACUACCUACACCCAUUUGUACAAUGUCUUGAAUUUUCCUGCUGGAGUUGUACCAGUCACUACAGUUUCAGAAGCGGAUGAGAAAGAGCUGAGGCAUUACAAAGGAUACUAUGGAGACCCCUGGGAUACGAGAAUGAAAGAGGCUGUGCAAGAUGCUGUGGGGCUCCCUGUGGCAGUCCAGUGUGUGGCCUUGCCGUGGCAGGAGGAACUUUGUCUUCGUUUCAUGAAGGAAGUAGAGACACUCUCCCAUGAGAGGAGAGGGAGGAGGAAAAUCUGAUCCUGUGGAAGAAGAUCCUGCAAGGAAUGU